AUGACAAAGUGCAAGGAAUAUACAUCUGACUCUAUUGAGGAUCAGACAGAGUUGAAGAAUCAAUAUGGAAACUUAUUGAAUGAUAAGGGACAGUUGAUGUUUAAGGGUUGGGCUAGACAACCAUUGAUCAAGUAUAAUCCAGAGGCAUUGGGAAGAUGGAAGAAGGCUUAUAGGUUGAAGGAGUGGAACUAUUAUUCGGUUGGAAGUGAUAGGUUCUACUUUGCAGUGGCCGCCAUUGAUUUGGGCUACGUCAUCAACUUCCAAGUGUUCUUCAUUGACUUUGUAGACAAUAAGACUGUGCAGGAUGAGGUCACAUCUUCAUCAUUGACCAAGGGUCUACUGUUACCACGUGACAGUUGUCAACAAGGAAUACACCUAGACUACAAGUCAAAGUCAUACAGUCAACACUUUGAAGUCAAUGAACGAUGUCCUGCCAACAACGAGAGCAAAGGUGUACUUGAGGUGUAUGAAGAGACCUUGGUCCACACUGUAAAGGUGACAAGCCAAAAGUUAAAGUUGGUGGCUGAGUUGACAUUCAACUUGUCUCCAAAGAGAGAGUCAGUGGUGUUGUGUACUCCAAUCGGAAAGUCCAACUUCUAUUACAACAGAAAGACUAAUCUGAUACCGGUCACUGGAAGUCUGAUGAUAGAUGGCAAAGAGUAUCUCGGUCAAUAUCAAUUGCAAGACGCAUUUGGUAUCUUGGACUGGGGUCGUGGCAUAUGGGACUACAACAGCUUCUGGAUAUGGAGCACCUGUUGGGGACACACCAACGACGGUCGUCCAAUCGGACUCAACCUGGGCACUGGCUUUGGAGAUCUGACGACACACACGGAGAAUGCCAUCAACAUGGAUGGCAUCAUCCACAAGCUCGGCCACAUCGAGUUUGAGUACAACAAGAAGGACCUGAUGGCGCCUUGGAGAUUCAUCUGUCGCCAUGGCCGCUUUGGCUCGACCUCAUCACUGUCCUUUACACCAUUCCGCAAGAAGUGGGAGAACAACAACUUUGGACUGGUCAUGUCAAGCUUCCACCAGAUCAUUGGCAAGCUGACAGGAGAGCUGAUUCUUGACUCGGGCGAGAAGGUCGAUAUCAACAUUCACUCAUUCACCGAGGUACACUUUGCCAGAUGGUAG